GCAAGUCUCCAGAUGUGCACUGAAAGACAAGAGUUGCCAAGCUUGUCAGAACUUAAAACUGGGCCACACGCUCUGAAACAGAACAGGGAGCGAACCUCAAAAGGAUGGAUUCUCUCACUUCUUUCCCAUAUAAUGAUGACAUGGAAUUUCUGCCACUUCCCGAGAAUGACACUUACAAUUUCAGCAGGAAUGGUGCUGAGAUUUACUAUGAUGAUCCCCAUAUCUCAAGGGUGAUGCAUAUGGUUUCGAUGGCAAUUGACAGCACCACAUUACUCCUGGGGGCCAUUGGCAAUGGCCUUGUCAUCUUCUUCACUGGUUUCCAAAUGAAGAAGACAGUAACCACCAUGUGGUACCUCAACUUGGCUCUAGCUGAUUUCAUAUUUGCCGUUUCUCUGUCCUCAGAGCUACUAUAUAUUGCCCUUGGUCAAUGGAUCCUUGGGCGGCUACUCUGCAAACUUGACACUGUGGUGUCUUUCCUAAACAUGUUUGCCAGUGUCUUUUUCUUGACAGUCAUCAGUGCUGACCGCUGUGUUUCUGUCGUGUACCCAGUUUGGGCCUUGAACCAUCGCACGCUCCAGCUGGCUUCCAUAAUAGUUGUCCUUAUCUGGAUGAUGGCCUUGGGACUCAGCUCCCCCUACUACAGCUUCCGGGAUGUGGAGUACACCGAGGAUGGCUCUGUGCAGUGCUCCUAUAGCUUUAGCUUGGAAGGGGCCAGUAACCUAAAAUCCCAUCGUUCUGUGGUGGUGACUGAAUUUGUAAUUGGGUUCCUCAUCCCCUUCCACAUCAUCCUGGCUUGCUACUGCAUCAUUGUCUUCAAGCUCAGAGGGAAGACCUUUGGUCAUUUUGGCAGAUCUUUUAAAAUCAUCGUGGUGGUGGUUGUAGCAUUCUUCUGCUGCUGGUUCCCUCACCACCUCUUCUCUAUUCUAGAAACACUGGAAGACGAGAGCGGUGAUUUAAGAAUGGUGAUUGACAUUGGGGUGCCACUGGCUAAUGGCUUGAUGUGUCUCAACAGCUGCCUCAAUCCGUUCCUAUAUGCUUUCAUUGGUCCAGAUUGUAGAAAAAGAAAUUGGCACUCCUUCCUGUCAGCCUUCAAAGGUGCUUUUAGUGAAAACUGGACUGUGUCCUCUUUUUCCAGCAAUAGGAAUUCAGGUUCUACUUCAGGAAUAGUGGAAUCCAGCAUGGUGUGA